AGCGCCAGCUCCCGAUCGGCGAGGAAUGGACAAGAGUCCCGAGACUGUUAUCGAGAUUGCAAGCUACUUUGGAAGAAUCAAGCUCAGGAAAUGGCCACAGUACAUCGGCACGGGGCUGGCGUCCAUGACGCAGUUCUCGAUCGGCAUCAUCAUGGCCUUCUCUGCGAUCCUGGUUCCCCAGCUGCGGGCUGAUGCGAGCCUGCUGCUCUCGCCGGAACAGCAGAGCCUGCUGGUGUCCAUCACCACGGCGGGCAUCGUGCUGGGCUGCGCGCUCAGCUCGGUGCUGCUGCGCCUGAUGGGGCCGCGCCGGCUGAUGAUGCUCCAGGGGCCGCCGGCCGUGGCCUCCUGGCUGCUGGUGGCCCUCGCCAGCGACCUGCGCCUCGUCAUCUGCGGCCGCCUGCUCGUCAGCUUCCUGAACGCCACCACGCUCUCCUGCUACACCAUGUACAUCUGCGAGAUCGCUAGCCCGCAGGCACGCGGCCUGCUCUCGGCCGCGCCCGAGGUAUUCUGCUCGCUGGGCCUGUUGGUCGGCUACGCGGUGGGCGCGGCCGUGCACUGGUCGCACAUGGCACUGGCGCUCGGCCUGCUGCCCAACGUGGUGAUGACGGCCGGCUUCUUCUGGCUGCCCGAGUCGCCCGGCUGGCUGACGGCGCACUACUGCUUCGAGGAGGCGGCCGCGUCUUACCGCUUCUACCGCGGCGAGGACUUCCCGGCCGAGCGCGAGAUGCAGGCGGCGAUGCAGCGCGCCGAGAAGCGCGAGGACCGCGGCAGCGUGGCGGACGUGCUGCGGCGCAUGGUGCGGCGCGAGGCGCUCGUUCCCAUCCUGCUGGUCACUGGCCUCUUCGUGCUGCAGAUCCUCUCCGGCAUGCUGGCCGUGCUCAGCUACGCUGUCACCAUCUUCCAGAUCUCGGGCUCGUCCGUCGACGAGUACCUCUGCGCCGUCAUUCUGGGAUGCACACGACUCGUGUGCAACGUGCUGGCGUCGGCGUUUGCCGACCGGUUCGGUCGCAAAACGCUGCUGAUCGCCUCCAGCCUUGUGUCGGCGUUGGCACUGGUCGCACUCGGCGGCUUCUUCUUCGCGCAGCAGCGCAGCCUGCUGCCGCCCGGCGGCGCGCUCGGUUGGGUGCCCAUCGUCGCGCUCAUCCUCUACAUGGCGGCGGCCAGCUUCGGCAUCGCGCCUGUCACUUGGAUGCUGCUCGGAGAGCUAAUCCCUGCCUCCGUCGGCAUGGUGGCCAACGGCGCCAUCCUCACCGUCUGGGGUCUCGUCUACUUCGCCGUGCUCCAGGCAUUCCCGUUCCUGACGCAGGUGCUGGGCGCGCACGGCACAUUCUGGGGCUUCGCCGCCUGCUGCGUGGCGCUCGCCGUCUACACGGGGCUGCUGGUGCCGGAAACGCGCGGGGUCGAACUGCAGGACGUGGCGGCGCUCUUCCGGCGCCGGCCGACGCCGGACAAGAAGGCCGAUGGCACGCAGGACCAGCGCUUGCGCAAUCUGUAUGGCGCGCUGCCGCAGCCGCGCAACGCCAUCUACCUGGAGAACCAGGCAGUGAUUCAGUAUGUGCGCCGGCGCGCCGAGUCCUGCACGGGCGAUCUGCGCACGCCGGCUGCGAACUAG